AUGGGACGGCUCAUCCAGAUUUUGUUUUUGUUUGUCCCCUCGCACUAUCGUAUCGGGCCUCACCUCCUCGAUCAAGAAAAGGCGAGUUCGUCUGGCGGUAUGCAAGUCUUCGGCACCCGACCAGUCGCCAAUGCGUUUGCUGGCCUUCAACUCCAGCAGCCAAACCCUGGCAAAGAAGCCUGGUCAUCGUCGUGCCCACUGCAACGGUGCUCCCCGCCGCCCCUCGUCUCCCGGGAUCAGACAGUGGAGCGGCCCGCAGCGUAUCUCCACUUCCUUCCCACAAGCGGGCGCUGGGAUCAUGGGCAUGAGUCCGCUGUCCGGCGUUCCGCGGAAACUGUGGUGAACCGGUUCUUCGGGCCCGGGCCGUCCAUGUGCGCCGGGCCGGCCGACGAGACUGGGACGGCGUCGGAGGUGCCGCCUCUCGCCGCCGUCAAGGCCGGUGAGCACCGUAGCCCUCACCCCCUCACCCUGCAGCUGACCUCGGACGGCGAGUGCACGGCAAGCGCAGCAUCUUGCACUAGUCUGCCUCGAGCCCCGCACGGAGACAAGCUUCGGCCGCAACUCCUCCGUACGUUCGGCUCGUCGCACCCCAGGGACGGCCCCACUGCUCUGCAUCCUGUGGCCGCUCUCCAUGGCCGCGUCGCCUCCGUUGAGCCGCUGACCAAGCGUACAUGA